UGGCGGCCACAGCCUGAUUCCACGCUGUUCGUGUACUAUCGAGCUAGCUCCAGAAAUCCCCUCCUUCUUAAAACUUCACUUUCCCAUUCCGCAAUAUUUUUGCAGUGUCUAAUUGAAACCCUAGAAAUCCCUUCCUCCCUUUGAUUUUUAUUUUGUUUGUAGAGAGCUCAAAAUGGCGACAUUCGAGGAAGCACCGCCGGGCAAUCCUAAAGCCGGAGAGAAGAUCUUCAAGACGAAGUGCGCCCAGUGCCAUACCGUCGAAAAAGGCGCCGGCCAUAAACAAGGACCUAAUUUGAAUGGGCUUUUUGGGAGACAAUCUGGUACAACUGCUGGAUAUUCCUAUUCUGCAGCUAACAAAAACAUGGCUGUGAUUUGGAGCGAGAAUACAUUGUAUGACUAUUUGCUUAACCCAAAGAAGUAUAUUCCUGGUACUAAGAUGGUCUUCCCGGGGUUGAAGAAGCCACAGGAUCGUGCAGAUCUCAUUGCAUAUCUGAAGGAAGCAACUGCAUGAUUCUUUGCCUUAACCCUUCUGGUUAGUGUAGGUUAUCUCUCAAAUGUUCCCAAAUGGAAUUCUUUUCUACAAGGAAGAGAAUAGCUUUCGAGUUGUAAUAAAACCAAUCAGGGCUCAAAUAUAUAUGCUCCGUGGCGAGGCAUGUCAUGAACCUUAAUGAUUUUUGAAAACAUCAAGAUUUAUUAUUUGAGUUGGAUACUUGUAAAUCACUACAACAUGUUCUUAUACGAUGGAGUAUUAAAGAGGUAGAAAAAUAUGUAAA